GUCUGCUCCUGUUGCUGAGGCUGCGGCCGCCCCUCCUCCCUCCUGGCCCCAGCAGGUGUGUCUCCAGGUUCCUCGGCUCCCGUUCUCCACUUCUUACCCAGACUCGGGCCGGAGCAGUCACCCUGUCCCACAGCUCCAGUUGGUCCCACUGACAGCGACAGAGAGAAUGGAAGCCUCAGAAGUCACAAGAAGCAACGGGGCCAGCCCCGAGGCCAGGGAUGCCCGAAGCCCCCUGAGCACCAAUGGUAACGUGGAGAAUGGUGGUAAGGUCGAGGCCAAGGAUGCCAAGGGCACCAACGGGCAUGUUGGGGAAGGUGCUGAGAACAAAAACCCAGGGAGUCCCUUGAAGCAUGGGGAGGGAAGGAGUGCCUUGUUUUCAGGUAAUGACUGGAGGAAACCCAUCAUCCAAUUUGUGGAGUCUGUAGAUGACAAGAACUCCAAUUACUUCAGCAUUGACUCUGUGGACAAGAGGUCUCCUUAUGCUGGCCUCCAGUUGGGGGGCUCGAAGAAGCCACCUGUAACCUUUGCAGAAAAGGGGGAGCUGCGUAAGUCCAUUUUCUCUGAGUCCAGGAAGCCUGUAGUGUCCAUCAUGGAACCUGGCGAGGGGAGAAGGAACAGCUACCCCCGAGGGGGAGACUCGGGCAUCCUCCUUCGGCCUAAGUCCAGUUCAGAGGAGAUCCUGUGUGACUCCUGCAUAGGCAACAAGCAGAAGGCAGUCAAGUCUUGCCUGGUAUGUCAGGCCUCCUUCUGUGAACUGCACCUCAAGCCCCACCUGGAGGGAGCCGCUUUUCGGGACCAUCAGCUACUUGACCCCAUCAAGGAUUUUGAGGCCCGGAAGUGCCCCCUGCAUGGAAAGACCAUGGAGCUCUUCUGUCAGACAGACCAGACCUGCAUCUGCUACCUUUGCAUGUUCCAGGAGCACAAGAAUCACAGCACUGUGACCGUUGAGGAGGCCAAAGCAGAGAAGGAGACAGAGCUAUCUUUGCAAAAGGAGCAAUUACAGCUGAAGAUCAUUGAGGUUGAAGAUGAAGCUGAGAAGUGGCAGAAAGAGCGAGACCGGAUUAAGAGCUUCACCACCAAUGAAAAAGCCAUCUUGGAGCAGAACUUCCGUGACCUCGUUCGGGACCUUGAAAAACAGAGGGAUGAAGUUAGGGCAGCGCUGGAGCAGCGGGAGCAAGAUGCUGUGGACCAGGUGAAGGUGAUUGUGGAUGCGCUGGAUGAGAGGGCCAAAGUGCUACAAGAGGAUAAGCAGACCAGAGAGCAGUUGCACAGUAUCAGCGACUCAGUGCUGUUUCUUCAGGAAUUUGGGGCACUAAUGAGCAAUUACUCACUUCCCCCACCUCUGCCUACAUACCAUGUCUUGUUGGAAGGAGAAGGCCUGGGUCAGUCAUUGGGUAACUUUAAGGAUGACCUACUCAAUGUAUGCAUGAGACACGUGGAGAAGAUGUGCAAAGCAGAUCUGAGUCGAAAUUUCAUUGAGAGAAAUCAUAUGGAGAAUGGCGACCAUCGCUACAUGAACAACUAUGCGUCUGACUGGGGCCAGUCAGACACCAUGAAGAGAUAUUCCAUGUACCUCACACCCAAGGCUGGGGCCAGGACAUCUUAUCAACCUUCUUCUCCAGGCCGCCUCACCAAAGAGAUCAACCAAAAGAACUUUAACAAUCUCUAUGGAACGAAAGGUAACUACACUUCCAGAGUAUGGGAAUACUCAUCCUCCAUUCAGAGCUCCGAUGAUGUGCCUGUCGUCCAAGGCAGCUCCUCCUUCUCCCUGAAAGGUUACCCCUCCAUCAUCAGAAGUCAGAGUCCCAAAGCUCAGCCACAGACUUGGAAAUCUGGCAAGCAGACUUUGCUGUCGCACUACCGUCCUUUCUAUGUCAACAAGGGCAAUGGCAUGGGUUCCAAUGAGGCCCCUUGAGCCCCCAGCGCAGGAGUGAGACGCCAAGAGAUCACCUGACCUUCCCCAGUUGUGUCUGCUACUACUAUCUACUCAGCUACUGCUCUGUCUCCAGGGGGUCUGGGCUGGGGGGGGGAACGUGACCUUCCAAGAAUUGUCCUCUCUCCCCUCCAGCUUCCCAGUCCUCCAACCUUUCUGACAAUCCUAGAAUGUGUCAGCAGCUCCCCACUUAGCUACCCUGUGCUUGGCCCCCCCCCCCCCCCCCCCCCCCCCCCGGUCCGCUCAGGCCUCUUUGUCUUCUGCUUUCCCUGUAGUCAGAGAGGACGCUGUCGCCUCUUUCAUUUUAUGGGUCAGGAUAUGGUUCACAGAAGGGGCUCUCCCUCCAUCCCCCUCCCACACAGGAAGUCCUUCUGCAGAUCCUGGGAUGGCAGCUCUGGAGGUAGGCAGCCACUUGGCGCCCACCUGCCGUUCCUGCCUGGUGUCUCUCUGUCUUCUUGGCUCAGCCAAUACAUCGAUUUUCCCCUGGAACUGCCGAUAGCCAUCCUUAUGAGUGACCUGAGGGAGCUGUGCACCUAGCAGAGAAAACAUCCUUCCACAGGUGUAGACAUUGUCUCACUCUUGUCAGCUCGUAUCCUUGGCCGGGCAAGAUUAACUUCCCUCAGACCCAGGCCUGCCCAGGACUUCUGAUCUUGCCCAAGCAGGGCAAAGUUCCUCCUAUCUGGCUAGAGACUGGUUUCCUGAUGCUUUUUCCAUUGUGCCAAAUGGGCCCGGGGUCCCUGAACAGGGAUAAGAGAUACGUCACCCCC